AUGGUGUUAUAUAAACGAAAACAGGUGACGUUUAUACCACCACCGGCCAUACCCUCUGAUCUAUCAACCCAAGUUUGGUUUAUUCCACAAACAAAGGAAUGGUUCAUCACAUAUGACGAGUAUUUGGCUCGUAUGGAUUACUACCACAAGAGAAAAUUUGUUUGUGAAAUUACUGGUAAUUCAUGCCUAACCUUUUUUGAAGCUUAUGAAAGUGAGUUGAAAGAGAUUAAAGGUGUUGAGCUGAAUUUCCCAGAAUCAUUACGUGAACAUAUUUUACGGUUUUUACAAUUUAAUAGAAUUACCAGAUUGGAUCAAUUGGUGGAUAAGGUAUAUCUGGUGUUUAAGAAUGAUUACUUCCCAGGUGAGACUAUUUUCAUCAAAGGUAUUGAGGAUUCCAAAGAACAACAGCAGCAACAGUUACAACUGCAACUGACGCCACCCACACUGACUCUGCUGCUGCUGCUGCUGCUGAAACAGCGCGGUAUCAUCCGGGAGAAAGUUCAGUAUGGACAAUCAAAUCAAACAAAAUAUCUUGUUGUUAGACUUAAUGACAUGCAACAAGCAAUAGUUACUAAUGACAAUAUAUCCAGAGACAGGAACCAUUUCACUAAAUGGUUGAUCAAGACAUUUAUCAAGUUAACCAUGUCUAGAUCUCAUAAAGUGGGUGCUCCAUGGGUGGUCAAGGACAAAUAUGCCAAGAAGUAUGGUAUUCCACAAGUAUAUCCUGAAGAUUUAAGACAUUAUGCUGAUUCAACCCCAACUGGGGAAAUCUUGUAUGUUACAGAAAAGAAAAAGAGAAGGGUGCCAAUCAAGGAAGAUACGCAUGAACCAAGUGCUACUCCUGUUCCUGAAAAGCGAAAGAAACAAAUCAAAACUGCUACUCCUACAGUCGAAGUUUCUACACCUACACCAGCAGUGGUACCAUUCCGUAAGAAGUUCCCAACCCAUUAUCUUCCCGAAAAAUUACAAAAGGAGUUGGAACUUGAAGAACUUAAGGAACAACCUUCAUUUGGGUUAUCUUCUUUACAACCUACAAAACGUAAUAUUGUCGAUGAUUUACAAUUGAGAUUUGAUUUGCAGAAUUCAAAACCAUUACCUAGACAAUUACACUUGCCUCCAAAUGCUCAAUCACUCAAUAACAGUUUAAUUGAAAAGUACGCUGAUCAGGAUAUUCCAAAUACUUCAGAAAUAUUCCGAUUAAGUACAAAUGCUAUCUCCUCAAUUCAAGAUGCGUUACAAUCGUGGAUAUUUAUCAACAUCUAUCAUAAGGUUUUAAAUUUAGAUACAUUUACCUUUGACGAUUUCAUAUAUUGUAUGGGGUGGAAUUGGGAACAAUAUGAUGAAUUAGGUAGAUGCGAAUUGUUGGACGAAAUUUGGUGUGCUUGCUUACUGGCUAUUGUGUCAAAUGAAUUACCAACCAGAAAAGAACAAAGACAAGCUGAAGAUGAUGGUGAAAUCUUUGGGUUGAAUGUUCAAUUGCCUCCUAAGAAAGGUGACGAGAGUGAAGAUGUCACUGGUUCUGAGACUGACGACGAAGAUAAGUUGUUAAAAGAUGAACCCGAAACUGAUGAAGAGGAUACUGAGAAUGGAGUUGUAGAAACUAAAGAAGUUGUCAUUGUUAAAGAUCAAGAUGAAGAUAAUGAUGAAGAUGAAGAAGAAAAUGAGGCUGAUAAUGAAGAGGAACCUGAAGAAGAAGCACCAGAAUAUAUUACUAGUGAAGGUAGUGACACUGAUGAUUCCACUCCUCAUAAUGCCUAUAUUUGUAUGAAUUAUCGUAACAUUCCUUGGCAUGAACGUUUACGCAAGCGUAAUUUCAAAGAUGGGAAUUGGCAAUGUAUUUUGCUUGGUGUGUUAUCACUUGUUGAGCAUGUUCCUCAUUAUAAAACAAUUAUUGAACAAGCCUAUCUUAAACUUGCACCAAAGGAAAAGCCUGCUACUUCAAGUACUGUAGUUAAUCAAUUUUAUCAGGAAUUGGACAUUGAUUUAAAGUUACAAAUUUUGAAUAUCUUAAUUGACUUGAUUAUUACUUCUCCGUUGGUCAGAAACUAUAUUGAUGAUUGUCUUGAACAAUCGUCACAAUUACGUCGUAUGAGAUUGGAUAAUAUUAAGGAUUACAAAGCGAAUUUAGAAAUUGCUCAAAAAGCGAAUCAAUUCAUUUGCAAUGCCUUGAAUCCCGGUGAAGAAGACAAGAAACCAAGAUUAAACUACCAAAACCUUGAAAUGACCGAAGCUGAACAACAAAAGGCCGAAAAGGACAAGGAAUUUGCGGAACAAUGUGAAGCUCGUAAGCAGGCAUUGAUCAAAUUAAACCAAAUCAAGAAAGAAAAGCAUUCAAUUGAACAGAAAUUAACCGAAUUGGAUUGCCAACGAGUUAAGCUUCUUGGUAAAGAUCGUUUAUUUAAUAGAUAUUGGUGGUUUGAGAACAAUGGGUUGCCUAAUUUACAUGCUGGAAAUAAUGAUGACGACGACGAUAAUGACGAUGAUGAUGAAAAAGAGAAGGACAAGGAAGACGUUGAGGACGAUGAUGAGAAGGAUGAAGUUAGUGAUGAAACUUAUCUUAUGGGUAGACUUUGGGUUCAAGGCCCACUGAAUGAUGAUUUGAGAAUAAGAUAUAACAGUAAUUUUGAAGAGAGUGAAAAGUUUAAUCAGGAAUUAAGACGGAAGGAAUUUGACUUUACUCAUAAACCUGAAGAAAAUGGAAUCAAACAAGAAAUUAAGCAAGAACCUGUUGAUGAAAAGAAAUCACAAAUUCGUGAAAUGGACUUCAUUCCUAUAUCUCCGGCAUAUAAAUCUACAGUUCAAACAAUUCAUCACAUUGAAAUCACCCAGCAUGAGGUACACAAGAAUUCUGAUAUCGUUAUUGAUCAUGAAGGUUCGUUAGUGUCUCCACUCGCACUAUUAACACCCUUUGAAAGGAAAAUAAUUGAAGAAUUACCUGAUCCUCUAAUUAACGGAACUAAUUGGAGAUAUUAUGAUCAUCCCGAAGAUAUAGUCAAGAUCUUAUCAUGGUUAAAUCCGUGGGGGAAGAGAGAAUCUGCAUUACGUAAGGAAUUGACUUUGGUUAAAGAUGUCGUUAUUUCUAACAUUGAAGCUAGAAGAAAGGCGUUAUGGAUGGAUGGAACCCCGGCUGAAGAAGAUGAAAUUGAAAAUAACAUAAAUAAAUUAAAGACCAAACGAGAAAAACUAAUCAAAGGGGAAGAUGAAGAUGAGAUUGAAGAAACCGAUGAUGACGUGGUUGUGGGUGCAAAGAGAAACUUGAGGAGAAAGCAAACCCCAAGAAAACGUCAGAAAGUAGUGACUCUCGAAGAUGCAUUACAAUUUGGAAAUGAAGAAGAAAUAACAUCAAUGGUUGAGAAGCUCGAUUCGGAAUUAGCUGAGAAGAGACAAGACCGUGAUUUGAAUAGAGUUGUUGAAUGGGUUAAUUCAAUUGCAUUGGAUUCAUUUGGGAAAUCGCUCUAUGAAGGUGGUGAUAAGUAUAAGCUGUCAAAGACUAGAAAAGUAACCAGAAAGAAGUUGUAA